GAGUUCAGUAUUCGUAUAAACAUGGCGCUCGCAGAAGUUUGUGGACUUAAUUCUUAUGUAGAUUUUAACUUUUUGCAAGAAAAGGAUAAAUUACCAGGUGAAAUCGAGAAAUACACAAGAAACUUUACAAAUAACGUUCAAUUAGCUGUACCACCGUACAUAAACCCUGCUGAAAGUCUUGCACAACUUUCUGCAAGUACCGAUGAAAGUGGAAAACAUUUAAAAAUCCAAUUCGAUCAUGGAACCACUACAUUGGGAUUUCAAUAUCAAGGCGGUAUCAUAUUGGCCGUUGAUUCCCGUGCUACGGGAGGCCAAUUUAUUGGUUCACAAACGAUGAAGAAGAUAGUGGAGAUAAAUGAUUAUCUUCUUGGUACUUUGGCUGGUGGUGCUGCAGAUUGUGUUUAUUGGGAUCGUGUUUUAGCUAAACAAUGUCGUAUGUAUGAAUUGAGAAAUAGAGAGCGUAUUUCAAUUGCUGCUGCUAGUAAACUAUUGUCAAACAUGGUAUACAACUACAAAGGGAUGGGUUUGAGCAUGGGUAUGAUGCUUGCGGGUUGGGAUAAACGUGGUCCUGGAAUGUAUUACAUCGAUUCAGAAGGUACUCGAACACCAGGAAAGAUAUUUAGCGUAGGUUCUGGCUCCAUCUAUGCCUUUGGCGUAUUAGAUUCCGGUUAUCACUGGGACCUGACGGAUAAAGAAGCUUACGAGCUAGGAAGAAGAGCGAUUUAUCACGCUACUCAUAGAGACGCAUAUUCCGGUGGUAUAGUAAGAGUAUAUCAUAUGAAAUCAACCGGUUGGGUACAUAUCUCCGACGAAGAUUGCAAAGAUUUGCAUUAUAUGUAUCAAGAGCAAAAACUAGCAGGAAGCAGCAAGUAAUCAAUCUAAACGUACUGUAUUUUUUUGCCCCUCUUCGCUUAAUAAAAUAUUGUUCUUAGGAAUAUUUUCAUCGAAA